GAUUUUUUUUUAUCUACAAGAGCCGAUUUCAUUGAUGCUUCGUCACAAUGAAAUACAAUGCAUCAUUAUUUCUUUCGUUACCAAUAGUUUUCAGAGAUUUUGAGAACAAAUUACCCUUUUCUAAGACAUUCUCGAAGAACUGAAAAUAAGAUGAAAACUACAGAAUUCUAAGGAAAUGAAGAUCUUCAUAAAAGACAUUUUUUGUGCGUUGAAGAAUUCUUGAUCUUGAUUGGUUUGAAUUUUUCAGAUAUUUCGAUUCUUGAAAAUAGCAUUUUUUUUCUGAAGAGCGAGGAAGCAGACACUCUGAAGAUGGAAUACAGGACAUCAUCCGAUGCUAAUCUGCUGUACGGAGCAGGAAUGCGGGGAGACAGUAUCCAUUUGAGAAGUCCAAUUGAAGAGAGCAGCACUUCACUUAGUUUAGAAGAUCAGAUUCUAGAACCUCGUAGGAAAUUUAGAAAGAUGUAUUUUGCUUCCUUCUCUGCCCUUCUGAUGGCUGUGGCAAUGGGAAUCGCUGUUGGCUACUCUGCUCCUGCUACUUAUGAUAUGAAGAACAGAAAAAGCAGCAGCAUUAAGCCUACCAAUGAUGAUAUCACUUGGAUAGGCAGUGCUUUAGCAAUAGGAGCGAUGACAGGAGGAUUAAUAGCAGGUCCUAUAGCGGAUAAAUUAGGUAGAAAGACAACUCUGAUUUUGAACAUAAUUCCAUUCAUUGCUGGCUGGUUUUCAAUCUGUUUCGCUGAAAAUAUUGGUACUAUCAUCGCUGGCAGACUAAUUUGCGGCAUCGCAUGUGGUGUAGUAUCUGUAGCUGUUCCUAUGUACUGCGUUGAAAUUGCUACUUCUGAAGUUCGAGGUCUUCUAGGAUCCUCAUUUCAAGGAUUUAUGGUAAUCGGUAACCUUCUAAGUGCAAUAAUUGGUUCGUAUGUCACUUGGGAAUACCUGUCUCUUGUUGGUGCAGGAGUGGCAACUCUUGGUCUUGUUUGCUUUUUUCUGAUGCCUGAAUCCCCUCGUUGGAUUCUUGCCCAAGAAGAUAUGGAUGGAGCUAUUAGAGUCAUGCGUAACCUCCAAGGAAAUCACCCGGAAACUGAAGAAGAAUUCUUUAAAAUAUCUAAAGAUUUGAAAAGUCAACCCAAAGGAUUGCUAACUUGGAGAGAAUGUAAACACCCCACAGUUUAUAAACCAGCUUUAAUAUCUGUAGUUUUGAUGUUCUUUCAGCAAUUCUCAGGGUCAAAUGCUGUUUUGUUUUAUUCAACUUCAAUUUUUAAUGCGAGUAAAGACUUUUUGAAUCCUAAAUAUGCUACUAUAAUUUUAGGAGCUGUUCAAGUAGUGGCAACAUUAUUGAGUAAUCUUAUUGUAGAUAAAGCAGGAAGAAAGGUAUUGCUUUUUCUUUCCGGAGCACUAAUGUCGGCGAGUCUUACGGCGCUUAGUGUUUAUUAUUAUGUAUCGGUUGCGAACUUCACUUUCGAAGCUAGGUUUGACUGGAUUCCUUUGGUCAGCCUUAUUUUAUUCGUCACUGCGUUUUCUUUAGGAUAUGGCUCUAUACCUUGGCUUUUAACAGCUGAGAUGGUUCCAUUAAGAGCUCGCAGUACAAUUGGAGGGUUAGCAACGUUUGCAAACGGUUUGUUUGCUUUUAUCAUAACGAAGACUUUCAGUGAAUUAGAAGAUCUAGCUCACAACUAUGGAGCAUUCUGGACUUAUGCCGCUUUAUCAUUUGUAGGAUGCUUUUUUGUUAUUUUGGUGGUGCCAGAAACUAAAGGAAAAGAACUCGAAGACAUAACGAAAUAUUUUUGUAAAACCACCAAAAACGAUUUGAAAAAUUCUACUGAAAUAUCUAUUUCAGUUUUAUCAAAAUAAAUAAGAUUUUUAUUUAUGA